CUUUUAAGAAAAUAUCUACCGGAUAAUAAGUUCUAUUUUCUUUGCGAGAUGUACCUGAACUUGUGGGUUUGGCUCAACAUCAAAUGGCGAAGCUUAGCAUGCUCAAAAAUAGACUGAAUUCACAAAAAAAAAUUUCAAACUUGUUUUGUGCAAGUGCCAGCUCAGCUGAGAACAGGACUAAUUUCCGAAAGUUCGCGCCUGGACAAAAGAAGAUAGGAAACACGAAAUGUGAAACAUUGUAUUAUAUACUAUUAGCAGUCCUCAUCAGAAGCAAAAACAUUAUAUCGCUGUCUUCAAUAACCUGCGAAUCCCCUAUUGCCAUGUUAGAGAAGGGCAAAUAACAAGCAGAAAGUGACAAUUUUCGGUACAUACAAAAACAAAUUGUGGUCCUUUUCAGGUGGUUCAAAAAUUGGAGGCAGUUUCAGGUUUUAAUGAUACAUUGAGCUAUCUCAAGAUUCGAGAUCAAAGAAAGUUGUUGGAUUGCCAACUUGGUUAAAAUUAGUGAGAUUACGG